AUGUGGUGUUUCGGAGUGAGUAUUCCUAAUCCUAUAUACCAAAUAUACGGAAGUGGAUCGUCGCUAACAGGACUUCGGGUCUUUCAGUCAAAGAAGAAUCGCCUUACAAAGGCCGAGCCUCCUAAGAUCCCCAAAAUCGUGAAACUAGAUCCACAGCCGAAGAAACCCACAACUACUAGAUACGGAGGGGGGACCUCGGGAGGUUACGGCGGAACCUAUACCAGUAGCACGACAAGCUAUAAUGGAGGAUACGUCGGAGGAUAUACCGACGGAUAUGGCGCAGGGUGCAGCGGAGGGCAUCACGGAGGGCACCACGGCUCAAGCGGAGGCGGAGGCGGAGGAGGACAUAGUGGUGGAAGUAGCAGCGGCGGAGGCUACAGUGGAGGCGGCGAUAGCGGAGGUUAUAGUGGAGGUGGUGAUAGCGGGGGCAGCAGUGGAGGCGGAGACAGCGGAGGUGGUGGAUGUUAA